GGGAAGGGGCUAGGGGCAGCUUCCGGCUAGAGCAGUGUCGCUGGUUUCGCACGUGUGUUUCACUUUCGGGAUUCCUGGAUUACCCCUGCCCCUGGUGAAUUUGUCGGGCCUGGGUUCCCCUGCAGAUUUAAGGAUGAAGGUGAGAAGAAAUAAAAAACAGGUCCCAAGCUUUCGGAAGUUGCUAAAAACUAGUAAAGUCAAACUUGAAAACAAGCUAAAAAACAAACAAUUUAAACAACAAAGCACUCUCAAGAAGUACCGAAAAGAACAGAGGAAACUAAGGCAAGCUGUAAAAGAUGCUGUGUCUAAGAAACCUAUUCCAUUGGAGGACCCAAAGGAAAAACGACCAGGUAAAAGGAUUGAGAGGGAAGAGGAAGACGAGGAGGAAGCCCUUCCUUUAGAUAUGAUGGAUGAAGAUGACUUACAGUUAAUGAAGGAUUUAGGGCAAAGAGCAUCUUUUCUAACGAGAGAUCUUUCUUCUAGUGAGCCUGUUCACGCCAGGAAGCGGAAGCAUGAGCAUGUUAUAGAUAAAUAUGAAAAAAUACCAAGAACUCUGCAAACUGCACCAGAGAAGGAACUGAUUCACUUACUUCCUAUUAAAGAUAAAAGUGGUAUAAUCCCACAGACCAGAGAGAAACCAGUUAUUGACAGUAACCAAGAUGAAGAGGAUCAAGAAGAGAUGGAACCUGAAGAAGAGAUCAUUGAAGAACCCAUUGAAGAGCUGACAUUAGAAGAACAUUUAAUUGAGAGGAAGAAGAAACUACAGGAGAAGAAAAUGCGUAUCGCAGCCUUGGCAUCUGCCAUAUUAUCAGAUCCAGAAAGUAAUAUUAAAAAAUUGAAAGAAUUACGUUCCAUGCUGAUGGAACAGGAUCCUGACGUGGCUGUUACUGUUCGAAAGUUGGUGAUAGUUUCUCUGAUGGAGUUAUUUAAAGACAUUACUCCUUCUUAUAAAAUACGACCCCUAACAGAGGCAGAAAAAUCUACCAAGAUCCGCAAAGAAACCCAAAAGUUAAGAGAAUUUGAAGAAGGCCUGGUUAGCCAAUAUAAAUUUUACUUGGAAAAUCUGGAGCAAGUGGUUAAAGAUUGGAAGCAAAGGAAGCUGAAGAAAAGUAAUGUGGUUUCCUUAAAGGCCUACAAGGGACUGGCAGAGGUGGCUGUGAAGAGCCUGUGUGAGCUGCUGGUGGCCCUGCCUCAUUUCAACUUCCACAAUAACAUCAUUGUACUGGUUGUCCCUCUCAUGAAUGACAUGUCAAAAUUGAUAUCUGAAAUGUGUUGUGAAGCAGUAAAGAAACUCUUUAAACAAGAUAAAUUAGGCCAAGCAUCACUGGGUGUAAUUAAAGUGAUUUCUGGUUUUGUGAAAGGCAGAAAUUAUGAAGUUAGGCCAGAGAUGUUAAGAACAUUCUUGUGCCUAAGGAUCAAAGAAGUAGAAGUGAAAAAAGAUACAGAGGAUAUUAAUAAACAAAAAAAGUUCAUGACUUUCAAGGAAAAGAGAAGAACUCUAUCAAGAAUGCAGAGAAAGUGGAAGAAAGCAGAGGAGAAACUAGAGAGAGAGCUUCGGGAGGCAGAAGCUUCGGAGAGUUCUGAGAAAAAACUUAAACUGCACACGGAGACUCUGAAUAUCGUGUUUGUGACCUACUUCAGAAUAUUGAAGAAGGCCCAGAGGUCACCUCUCCUGCCAGCAGUUCUGGAAGGUCUUGCCAAGUUUGCUCACCUUAUAAAUGUGGAGUUUUUUGAUGAUUUAUUAGUAGUUCUACAUUCUCUCAUUGAGUCUGGUGACCUAAGCUAUCAAGAAAGUCUUCACUGUGUCCAGACUGCUUUUCAUGUUCUUUCUGGGCAAGGUGAUGUUCUGAAUAUUGAUCCAAUGAAAUUCUAUACACAUCUUUACAAAACACUGUUCAAGUUACAUGCAGGUGCUACGAAUGAAGGUGUUGAGAUCGUCCUCCAGUGCCUUGACGUCAUGCUGACUAAGCGCAGAAAGCAAGUUUCUCAGCAGCGGGCCCUUGCCUUCAUCAAGCGCCUUUGUACCCUUGCUCUUCAUGUGCUUCCAAAUUCAAGCAUUGGCAUUUUAGCAACUAACAGAAUAUUAAUGCAUACUUUCCCCAAAACAGAUCUGUUGCUUGACAAUGAAUCUCAGGGUAGUGGAGUUUUCCUUCCUGAGCUGGAUGAACCUGAGUACUGCAACGCUCAGAACACUGCUCUUUGGGAAUUGCAUGUGCUGAGGCGACAUUACCAUCCCAUAGUGCAGAGAUUUGCAGCUCACCUCAUCGCUGGAGCCCCUUCCGAAGGCUCGGAAGCACUCAAACCAGAGUUGAGCCGAAGAUCUGCUGCAGAACUUUUUGAGGCUUAUAGCAUGGCAGCAAUGACAUUCAAUCCUCCUGUUGAAUCUUCAAAUUCCAAAAGGAAGGAUAAAGUUUUACAAGGGGAUUCAUUUUUAAGUGAAGAGUUAAGUCAACUAAUCAAAAGACAUUGUAGUGAAGUUGCUACUCAGUUGCCUCUGGAUUUCACCAAAUAUUUGGAAACAUCACUACGGUAGUAGAAGAAUGAAAAGUCAGGGGACUUUGUUGUAUAUUUGUGUGUUUGUGCAGAUGCACAUAAAGAUAUAUUGUUAAUUUAGGACCUUCUCUUGAGGAGGAAGAAUUAUCCUUUGUGUGGCACAGGGUUCUGCCCCAAUUCUGAAAAUAUGCACAGGAAAAUCAAGACCAUGAGAUUGCUUUCUACCAUUCAGUUACUCUUUAUAACCAAAUACUUUUUAU